CCCCCUCACCAGGAGGCCAAGGCGGGCCAGGCACCCAGGGAGGAGGCGGUGUCCCUGGCUCCCUGCCCAAGGUGCAGCAGCAGCUAGGCGAGGCGGGGCUGGACCAGCAGGGGCGGGCACCCUGCCUGGUAUUAUAAGAGACGGUCAGGACACCUCGGCAAUGAGCUCCCAGCUCGGCUUAGCAGCAGGACGCUGGCGACAGGCGCUCCCUGCUCCCCUGGUCCAGCCAAGCACUCUGUUGCUGCUAUGGUCUCCACAUCUGCCGCCUGGUGCUCCAUCGCUCUGGCUCUGCUUUUGGCCCUGCAUGAAGGGAAGGGCCAAGCAGCUGCCGCUCUGGAGCAGCCAGCCCCGGCACCCAAGGGCCGUGGCCCCCACCUGCGUUUUCGCCGCUGCUCCUGCAACUCCUGGCUUGACAAGGAGUGUGUGUACUUCUGCCACCUGGACAUCAUCUGGGUGAACACUGCAGGCCAGACAGCCCCCUGGGGCCUGGGAACCCCCCCAAGGCGCCGGCGCCGCUCCCUGCCAAGGCGCUGUGAGUGCUCUGCUGCCGGGGACUCUGCCUGUGCCACCUUCUGCCAUCAAAGGCCCUGGCCUGAAGCUGUGGUCACCCCAAGCAGCCAAGCUCCAGGGGCUGUGUUAAAGACUGGAAGGAAGUGGACCACUGAGGGAGACCUCCUCCGAAAGCUAAGGGACAUUUCUGCCACCAAGCUUCGCUUUGCCAGGCUACAGCCAGAGGUGACAAGAAAGUCCAGUCCAGCAUACUCUAGACGGAGAAAGAGAUAACCCUGUGAGCUGUGGGACUACUGAGAAGGAAGCUCACAUGGAGACAGGAGGAAAUGGGCAGUGAAUGGGAGACCCUGUGCCUGUCUUCUGGGCCAAGACCUCAGCCCUGGCUAGCCAGACCCGUCCGAUGGGUCCAGCACAAGCUCUGGCCUCUCUCACAACAGCUCUGUACCCUUACAGGGCCAGGGCCACCCUCGGCACCUGAGCAGCAGUGCAGCCUCCCAGAGCUGGCUGCUGGCUACAGUCCCACUUGAAGGCGCUAUGUGAGGCCAAAUGAACAUGCUGACUGUGUCCUGAGGAUUGUCCUGUUUGCUGGACUGUGAUCCAGGAGCAACCCCACAGCAGGACACAAUUACCUAAGCCACACCUAGAGAGGACAGGGCAUCCUGAUGACUGACAUCCUGGCUGCCCCCCAUGGUCCUCUUUGGUUCCUCCACCCUAGAGGCAUUGCAAUCUUGUUCUCUUGGGAACUUUUUCGGGGAGUGGGCAGGACCUGCUCUGCUUCACUUAUC